AUGAGAACUGAUGAAGAUCGGGUUCAACCUUUGCAACCUUUAACGCUCAAAUUAAAACGUUCAGCAAGUGGAAUACAGAGACUGGCGACUACAACUUUAACUCCACCUUUACAUAUAAAACCCUCAUCCACCUCUGCUUUUCCAACAACUUCUGCACUUAAAUCAACGGCAGGGACUUCGAAUAAUUGUUCACCUUCUAGUGUACAAGCAGCUCGAAAAAGUGUGCAAUCUACAGCAGAAUUGGUUGCCCAGAUUAGCGAACAAUUACAACAUUAUGGUACUAUUUUUGAUACUUCCACUUUGGCUUCUAAUAGUAACAAUAAUAUUAAAGAGACAAAUAAACAACAAUUACAUUUACAGAGAAAUGCCAAUUCAUUGUCUUCUUUGCCAGAAAACGAUGUUGAAAUUGUUGGUGAAUCCACAGCUAAAAAGCGGCGUGGUAAAAUGUCUGAUCAAAUUCAAAACCACUCUCAAGACAUUGAGUUGUUAAAUGGCAGACAUAAAACAGAAAAUGCUGUAAAUAAUAAAAAAGAAGGAAAGAAGAAACGUGGUCGACCUAAAAUGACAGAUACGGGUAUUUAUUUAAAUAAUUUGAAUGAUGGAAUGAAUGAAAGGUCAACAAUUACUAAAACUUUAAAGUCUUCAAAGGAAGUUGGCAAUACUCAAAAAUUUAAUUGGUUUGUUUCUUUUUUUAAUUUUUUUUCUAAGAAUUAUCCUUCAUUAUUCUUAAUUUUUCUUAUGAUAAAAUGUUUUAAUGUUUCCUUUUUUUUAUUUAAUUUUUGGGUAUAUCCUUGAUUGACCUCAACCCGCAUCGGGACAAAUACAACAAAACACCGUCCACACUUAAUUUCGAUUUUGCUUAAAACAGGCUUGGUA